AUGCAAUUUCAGAUCAUAUUCCGGUACCUGGUGACAUUUCUACUGUUUCGCCUGACAUUUCAGCAAUUCGUUGAAUUCUAUGCAGACUACAAGAAUUACCACCAUGACGAUGAGGUGAAAUACUCAUUCCGGUACUUCAUCGACAAUCCAGAGGAUGGCCUCGUGAUGGACCAUUGGGAGGGACGCCGAGGUGAUCAAGUGUCAGGACGCUAUGCUCUUCUCGAGCCCGGUGGCGUCAUACGGACCGUGAGGUACGAAGUGAGUGGAAAUAGUGGCUUCAGGACGGCCAUCCAAACUCGUACACCAGCCUCCAACCAGUACCAAUUUAUCUAUACGCGAUCUCCCGAGCAGAAGCAACCAUCACAGCCUUUCCAGCACACACAACCAGUGGCGCUCAUCCAGCAGCCUCCUCUCCAAUUUUUCCCCAAAUAA